CGGGCUUCAGUGAGAAGUCACCAUGGCAACCAAAAGCCGGCGCCGGCCGCGAGUCCCGGGAGAGAAUGGGGAUCCAGCGGGGCCUAACCGGGGGACGGUGGGAGGAAGACCGGGGAACAGGAAGAGCAGAGCUCAUAGAACAUCAUGGAGGAGCCAAGCGCUCUGGGGCGCACUAUGUACACUUCUGGCCGUAUCUGUCUUUCUCUUCGUGUGGGACUAUCCUGGCGGAGACGGGAUGGAGGUCUUAGCCCCCCAGCGGGAAACGAUACAACACAAGUUCUUCCCAAUUCCCUGCUCCCAGGAUUAUGAAAAUCACAAGAGAUUCAGUGGGUGCACCCCUCUGAAGUGCGGCAGAGCCGUGACAGACAAUGUUAUAUCCCAGCGGGAAGCCAAGAGAUUGCUUAGGAUCGCUGAAGCCGGCUUCGCUCUCGGAGGCUCUGACGGAGGGGCAUCAAUCCUGGACCUGCACUCCGGAGCUCUGUCAAUGGGGAGGAAUUUUGUCAAUAUGUAUCGUUACUAUGGAGAAAAAAUAAAGGAGAUAAUAACUGAAGAGGAUUUCCAGCUAUAUCGUGACGUGAGGCUAAGAAUUCAGCAGGAAAUAGCGAGGACGUUCGAUCUCGAUGCCCACUCUCUGCACCUGACCAAACCCACCUUCUUCUCCAGAAUGAACAACUCAGAGGCCAAAACUGCACAUGAUGAAUACUGGCAUCCUCAUAUCGAUAAGAUCACAUACGGCUCCUUUGACUACACCUCCUUACUCUACCUGUCUGACUACUCCCAAGAUUUUGGUGGCGGCAGAUUCAUAUUCAUGGAUGAGAAGAUGAACAGCACGGUGGAACCCAGAACAGGCCGCCUGUCUUUCUUCACGUCCGGAUCAGAAAAUGUACACCGUGUGGAGAAAGUGAGUUGGGGUACGAGAUACGCCAUAACCAUCUCCUUCACUUGCAACCCAGAGCACGGCAUCGUGGACCCCACCUGGACGUAGCAUUAGGCUCAAGUCUGCUUGUGGGCCAACAUCACGGACCUCUUCCUAUACUGGCUUAUAA